AUGACCAUAUUCACCGGAACUAUCGUACUGGCCUCGAUAGGAACUGGCUUGUUCCUAUUCAUGAUUGUCGUCUACAUCUAUGGACACUGGCUGCGCCGGUGGUCAAAGUUUGCGCAGACAUUAGCUGAAGCUGAAGCCGAAGCCGAAGCGGAAAUUGGGCCAGAAAUCAAUGUCGAUGCCCCUAACUCAAAUCCCGGAAAUCCCAAUAGCAUCACCACCUGUAUCAACGGCGAAACCCCAAACGCGGAUCUCCUCAGCGUUGAUCGCAUAGUCCACUUCCUACCCCCUGAGAGCCUGCCCGGUAGCCGAGCCGGCUCGCGCUAUCCAUCUGCUGCUAACACCCCGACCACAACACGCCCCUCUAGUCUAGACGUAGAGCGUUUGGCGAUAAACCAGCUGCAUGUCUCUCAUUUAAGCCAGCACGGCCAGGCGAUGCCAGUGAGCGCGCCAGUCCGAAGCCCGAAUGUAUCUCCGGUCCCCGAGGCCGGAAGCAGUGACGAUAUCUCAAUGACUUGUAGCAACUGUAGCGGGCAGACCCUUGCAGGGACCUGCACUCAGUGCACACACAAGUCAAACCGUUCCCCAAACAGCGGGGGCGCCUCCCCAUCUACGUCGCUAAGAGAGGUCGAGAAUGCGGAAUUGACCACCGUCUCCGAGAAAAGAAGCACCGAUUCUCUGGAACUUGCCGAAUGA